UGGGGCUCACAACACUGUUUACAAUAGGACAGCAUGUGGGGAAAAUAAAAAUAAAAUAUUGACGUUCUGUAAUAUGUAUUUUACAAACAAAACGUUAUUCCAAGUUUUUUUAUUUUUAGGUUUGAACUGUGUAGUAUCUUGUUCUAUUCAUAAGAACCUGAAAUACUUUGAGACACUGCAUGCAUCACAGUUCACACACAACAUUGUCAAGAGAGGAUCGAAGCAAAGUGACCAUCCUUAUAAUAAAAUUAGAGAAGUUAUUUUCAAAGCUCAUGGAAGGGAGUUUCGCCUGAUUCUGAAUCAGAAGAAAGGCAUUCUUCACCCCAAGUUCAAGGCAUACACCGUGAAUGGUGAUGGAGAAGAGAUUCCAUUUUUUGUGGACCAUGAAAACUUCUAUGAUGGCCGUUUGUUUGGUGAGGUUUCUUCCGAUGCCAGUAUCCAUUUAGAAGAGGGAAUGAUGACCGGCAUCAUCAAUGCUCCAGAAGAAACAUAUCACAUUGAACCGUCGUGGCGCCACCUGCCAGACGUCGACAACCAGUCGAUGAUCGUGUACCGUGCGUCGGACGUCCACUUCAGCUGGGAGCAGGGCAGCGGGGACACGGACACGUGGCCCCGUACUUGCGCUUACGUCAAGGAGGAUGCGAAUGUCAGCAGUGAUGCAGAUGAAGACGACGUGACGAGGGACAGGAGGCAGGCUGAGCAAUACGAAUACACGCCGACGAAAACAAGAUGCCCGUUGUUGCUGGUGGCAGACUACCGCUUCUACCACGAGAUGGGUGCCAGCAACACCAAAACCACCAUCAACUAUUUGAUCAGCCUGAUAGACAGGGUGCACAAGAUCUACAACGACACGACCUGGCAGGACCGACAGGAGCAGGACGGGUUCAAGGGGAUGGGGUUCGUGAUCAAGAAGAUCGUGGUCCACAGCGAGCCAACCAGGGUGCGCGGCGGCGAGGCGCACUACAACAUGAUACGGGAGAAGUGGGAUGUGCGGAACCUGCUGGAGGUGUUUAGUCGGGAGUACAGCCACAAGGACUUCUGCCUGGCGCACCUCUUCACGGACCUCAAGUUCGAGGGCGGGAUUCUGGGGCUUGCUUACGUCGGUUCCCCGCGCCGCAACUCUGUCGGAGGGAUUUGCACCCCAGAGUACUUCAAGAACGGCUACACGCUGUACCUGAACUCGGGCCUGAGCUCCAGCCGCAACCACUACGGGCAGCGCGUCAUCACCAGGGAGGCAGACCUGGUGACGGCCCACGAGUUCGGCCACAACUGGGGCUCGGAGCACGACCCCGACAUCCCCGAGUGCAGCCCCGGGGCGAGCCAGGGGGGGUCCUACCUCAUGUACACCUACAGCGUCAGCGGCUACGACGUCAACAACAAGCGUUUCUCGCCGUGCAGUCUGCGUUCGAUCAGGAAAGUGCUGCAGGCCAAGUCGGGGCGCUGCUUCUCCGAGCCGGAAGAGUCGUUCUGCGGCAACUUGCGGGUGGAAGGAGACGAGGAGUGCGACGCAGGGCUGCUGGGGACGGAGGACAAUGACUCCUGCUGUGACAAGAACUGCAAGCUGAGGCGUACCCCGGGCACGGUCUGCAGCGACAAGAACUCGCCGUGCUGCCAGAACUGCCAGUUCAUGCCGGUGGGCAUAAAGUGCCGGGACGCGCAGUACGCGACGUGCGAGCAGGAGUCUCGCUGCACGGGGCAGUCCUCCGAGUGCCCGCGCAGCCCGCCCAUGUCGGACGGCACGGGCUGCCUGGAGCGCGGCCAGUGUCGCCGGGGCAAGUGCGUGCCCUACUGCGAGACGCAGGGCCUGCAGAGCUGCAUGUGCGACACCGUUGGCGAUGCGUGCAAGCGGUGUUGUCGCAUGAACUUGAACGACACGUGCUACCCUGUCGAUCCACAGGAUAUCUUGCCUGAUGGAACACCUUGCAUCCAAGGAUUUUGUAAUAAGGGGCUCUGCGAGAAGACGAUCCAGGAUGUCGUGGAAAGGUUCUGGGACAUAAUUGAGGACAUAAACAUCAACAAGGUACUGCUGUUCCUGAGGGACAACAUCGUGGGGACGGUGAUACUGGUGACGGCUCUGAUAUGGAUCCCGGCCAGCUGCGUCAUCAGCUACAUCGACCGGCGGCGGCGUCACUUCCAGGAAGAGAUAGCGAACUGGAGGAACAGUGGUGAGUUCCACAGGUUCAGUGACCGUCGCAACAUCUACAUCCGCGUGCCGAGCAACAGGGCAAACACUCACGCGUCCGUUGCUUCGUGAACCUUCCGUUACCGAUUUACGGUCAUCCAGAUGUUUUUAAAAUUUGUGAAAACAUUAAAAAGCAGACAUCUGUGCCAUUUAUUGUAAGUGAAAAAUGGAUACUAGCAAUACCACUAGUACGCACAGUGUUGCUCA